AUUAAAUUUGAUUAAAUGACAAUCAAAUUAUAAUACAAUAGCCAACCCUCACUCCUUAUUUGGUGAAUAUACCGUUCAUUGAAGAUUGAACUUUAAACAGAUCCAAUUUUCAAAAAUGACUAAUGUUUUGGACAAGUUUUCAAGAAUCAAACAAUUUGUUAAAUCACGUAAUUAUGUGUUACAACUAUUUUACGUGUUUGACGAUUAUAUGGGCAAAAACUACAUGUUUAUCACUAAAGAUGAUCAGUGCUAUGCAUUUGGUACCAACUAUUAUGCCUGUCUGGGUCUCGGACAUCGACAGGAAGUUGAAUAUCCCACACAUGUAAAGGAGAUCAGCGGAGUAAAGAUAAAUGAAUUUUUUAGAGGUUCUGAUUUUAUGUUUGGCCGAACCAUUGAACACGAAUACUAUGGUUGGGGUAUCAACGACAGUGGACAGUUAGGCUUAGGUUAUAAGAGCUAUACAGAUAACUAUUUCAGGCCAACUCGUAUUGAGUAUAUGAGUGGCAAAGAUAUUGUAACAAUGAUUUGCGGUCGCAGACAUGUUAUGGCUUUAACAGCACAGGGAGAUGUGUAUGCAUGGGGUGCUAACAAUAUGGGCCAGUGUGGUACUGGACCUAAUAAUAAAACAAUUAUAGAUGCACCAAUCAAACUUGACAUUGAUUUUAUCAAUCCCGUCAAAUCAAUAGCAUGUGGAGACAACCAUUCAAUUGCAAUGACAGUCGAUCAGCAUAUAUAUGUUUGGGGUGAUAACAACUGCGGUCAACUGGGAACUGGCGAUUAUGAUAAUUGCAAUAAACCUAAACACGUUAAACUAUCUGAUGAUAUUUAUGUCCAUAAAAUUGUUUGUUGCAAAAAUAGUACAUAUUAUUUAGUCAAUGAUGGCAAUAUUUAUUAUUGUGGGCAAAAAUAUUUGAAUGGAAAUGUUAAUAAUAUUAACAAACUGACAGUUAUUGAAACCGAUGAGAAAUUUAUUGAUAUAUUCUCUUUAAAUCCAUAUAAUUGGUGUUUCGCUAAAACGCCAAACGGUUGCGUUUAUCAGAUAAUGAAAAAUGAGUUCACAUUUUUUGAGACUAAUUUUAUCAAUUUUGAUCAAUAUUUUGCACAAAAAUUUCAGAUAACUAACAGAACAAUUAGUCUAACAAAUACUACAAAUAAUAAUAACAAUAAUAAUAAUGAGCAAAAUAGAUGUGGACCAUUUGAUAUAACACAAUUAGAUUAUUUAUCACUAUUUCCACAACAUUUAAAACAAAACAUUAAAGACUUUUAUAUAUUUGAAGACAACAAUAGUGGUAAAAAUUGUUUAUAUAUUGACAAUAACGACAUUGCCUAUGGGUUAGGUGCUAACUAUAACGGCAUACUUGGUGUGGGUGACACGGGUGCUAUUGGUGAGCCCAAAAUUAUUAAAGAGUUAUCAAGACACAAUAUCAACAAGUUUUAUAGAGGACAGGGAUUUAUGUUAGCCAAAAACGAUCAACAUGAAAUAUUUGUAUGGGGCAAAAAUCAUCUGGGUCAAUUGGGAUUGGGACAUGAGACUGACCAAUUGAGUCCAGUCAAAAAUACAUUUUUCAGUCAACUAAAUAUUGUGCAAAUAAGUUGUGGAGCCGAUCAUACACUAGCCCUCACUGAUAAUGGCGAAGUAUACGCCUGGGGUUCAAAUGAAUGGGGACAGAUAGGUCUGGGGGAUCAGUUCAGUCAACGUAUUGUAUCCAUACCUCAUAGGAUAGCUAUUUACAUACGUAUCAAAUCUGUGUCGUGCGGUGACUAUCAUUCAAUGAUACUGACAAUUAGGACAUCAGUAUACAGUUGGGGAAAAAAUGAUUUUGGACAGUUGGGUCACUACGGGUGCGAAUAUGAGAAGGGAUACAAUAGUAUAUUGAUGAGUAAUGUAAAGACAAUCAUAUGCAAUGGUCGCAACAGUUUUGUAUUAACUAAUUUUGGUGAAAUCAAUGUCUACGGACAAAUUGUAUGCAAUUUCAAUUUGAGUACAUCCCAUACUACCAUCCAAUUGCCCAGUAAUGCUCAGUAUACUGAAAUUGAACCGACAAAUGACAACAUGAUUGUGGCCCGAUUUGAUGAGGGCGUCCAUGAGAUAAAGCCAAUGGAAGUGCCUCUUGAAAUGGUUGGUCCAAAUUCCUAUAGAAAUUACCUGGCCGACAAUUAUGGUAUUACCUACAAAGCCAUACACAUGAAAAACUAUGAGCGACUUAUGCUUUUGGGCACCGGUACAUAUGGACCAACAUUUAAGUGUCAGGAUAGAGAAACAAAUAAAUUAUUUGUGCUAAAAAAGUUCAAGUGCCCAGGUUUAAAUCAACAGAAAUUAGCCAAUUUGGAUGAGGAGUUAAAUAAAAUGUCCAUGGUCAAACAUGAUAAUCUGGCACCGAUAGUUAAAUAUUCAAUAGAAAAAGACAAAUUUCUAUAUAUAAGACAACAUUUUUAUGACAACACAUUACUUGACAUUACAAUAAUGAAAGCACUGGUAUUCGGGCGUCGAUUCGGCCAAACUAUGUGUCCGUUGGAGUACUUCAUAACGUUUGAGUUGUUUCGUGAGAUAGUCGUAGCCAUGGAUUACUUGCAUUCACAUAAGCCUCCAGUGAUUCACCGAAACCUAAAGACAACCAAUAUUUUUACCGAUAAUAAUAGUAGUGAUAAUAAAUUUAUUAAAGUAUCGGAAUUUGGAUUUGAAAAGUUGGACACAUUUGGCAUUAAAAUUAAUAAUAGCGAUGACUUUAAAAGUCAAUACAGAUAUACCGCUCUUGAGGUACUAAAGGGAAGAAAAUACGGUAUUAAUGCUGAUAUCUAUAGUAUGGCUAUUAUUGGCGAUGAACUAUUUGAAGUUACAUAUAUAAAUGAUUCAAAUAUUAUGGAUACUAACUCAUCAAUUAGUGAGAGCUAUAAAUCAAUGAUUCAAUUGUUGCGGUCAAUGCAAACCAGUCCCAAGUGGUGGAAAAGACCCAAUUGUAAAGAUAUUAUCAAUACAUUAGAUAUGAUUGCCAUCGAUCACAAUGUUAUUAUAAAUGACAGUGACUUUUAUAAAUAUGUUUCUGCGACUAAAAGCUUUAAAAAUCAAUUAUUUUAUAAAUUACUUAAAUCGCGACUUUGUAUAGAUUAA